CUCGAAUCUCUUUCAAUUGUAAUUCUCAAUGGGCAUCUUGUCUUAUUUUUUUGCAGAAAAACCUGCAAAAGUGGUUCCCAAGGACAUUUGCUACUACAUUGAAGGUUUUUUAGCAUGUUAUUACUUCCAGGAGGCUAUGAAUUUGGCCGAACGGCUUGAUACCACUUCCAGCAAUAGCAAUAUUCAGGUAGAAAUCACUGCUCAUGCACGUAAGGAGUGGAAUAGUCGUCUCCAGCAACUGGUCAAAGAAAUCCCUGGGGCACAAGAUCAUCGUACAAGUCCGCUCAUAUGGGAGGGAUGCCCAGGGAAACCUCUUCAGUUUAUCGGUGGAUUCGACAACUUUAUGCAACAUGCACGGAAAGUGCAUAAAGUGGGAGAAGCACGCAACGUUUGAA